GAAUGAGAAAACAUAAACGAGAAUAGACGAGAUUUUGCCAUUCGUUGGUCGUCCUUUGCCAGGAAAUGUAUCGUUUGUAAUGCUUUAUUCAUAAAACAAGUUGUUGUUGAGGGUAACUAAGGUAUUGAGCUUUUUAUGAAGUGUCAACGUUACCACAGGUGACAUGGGAGACACAAACAAUAACGAAUACCUGGGCGCCUUAGAGAUCGUGGCUGUCAUUGAUCAACGUCCGAGUAACAACAUCAGCGCUUUACCUGCACAAAUGGGCCCCGUCAAAGAACUCACUGACCAUUACAUCCAGUUUGUCUCCAAGACUUCUGGUCGGGACAAACUUUGCAGGUUGAUUCAGUACAGCAGUAAAUUUGCUUGGUGGUACAUUCAGAAAAGCCACUACCAGGCUCCGCUGGUACAGAAGUUAAAAUUAUUGGACAGCUCCAUCAGUACAUCUCGCAAAAUGUUUCGUUUUGGGAAAAGUUUUGAACUGCUGAACAGUACAUUAAAGACUUUACAUGUUGAUGAUAUAGUCUUGAGGACCUUGAUCUCUUUAGCGAAGAUCAAUAAUGCCUUGUAUCUGCUGUUUGAUAAUUUAAUUUGGUUGGACCGUGUUGGUAUGUUAAAGGUCAAUCGUUCUAAGAUUUCUGAAUUAUCUGCCCAGUUCUGGCUGGCAAGUAUUUUAUGCAGCAUUGGAAGAGACUUUUACCAACUGGGGUGUAUAACUAACAACACUGCUAUGAAGAAUUGCUCUCAGUUACAGCUGUAUGUUUUUAGUUUGCUGAAAAACAAGCCAUUAUUGUUUGAUCUAAUACGUAAUACCACAGACUUACCUUUACCUAUGGCCAUGUUACAUCAUGUUAACCUUUCCCCUGGAGUAUUGGGUCUUCUGGGAAUGAUUUCCUCCUACAUUGGCAUCCUAACAGAAUGGAAUCCUGAUUACAAAAUUUUCCCUUCAUAAAUUCUUUCAGAUAAAUAUUAUUUUUUCUUUCAGUUCUUUUAUAUCUAUAUUAUUUUUCACCAUGUUUUCUGUGGGAACUCAAUGAAUUAUAAGAUAUCUUAUUGCAGUAGACUCAUUAUAUAAAGACCAAAUAUAUUUUGAUAUCCUUAAUAAUGUAAGGAAUUAUGUGACAUUCAUUUGUUUUCUUAUAAUUUUUUUUUAAGAGCUGAUACCUCUUGUUUCCAUUGCUAAUCAAGCAACUGUUGCACAUCCAUAUUUUUCAUGCUAAUGUAACCAGGAUAGAUAUUUUUACAAAUGUAAUUGGAAUGCCUAGAUGAACUCGUGUUACAUUUUUCAAUAGUAAUGAGUAUUUUAAUUUUAAGAAAAGUUAGCAAAUAUUUAGUCAGAGGUUGUAGGGUUUACUUUUUUGUAUUGAAGUUAGUUAGCUUUUUUUUUUUUUUAGUUCACUUAGAAGUGGUAAUGAUAGCCAUUAUCAUCAUCUUCAGAUCAAGCUUGAUUGAAUUCACUUGACCCAGAUCUUAUACUCAUUUCUAUUUGCCAUGACAUGUGAUAAUUCCACCCAAUGAGAUUCAGUAAUAUUUGUUUCUAUGGGGCAACCAAUACAAUUAUGGCUAUGUCAAGCUGUCCAGAAGAGAGUGUCAGUAAUCAGCUCCUCCUUACUUCAACAGAAAGCAAAGUGAACUUUUCUUUCUCGGAUGCUGUUGGAUUUUGGAAGCUUUUUGUACAGUCUUUCUUGUAUAGGAUGUUCUUUCCUGGACAUUUUCAAAAGAGCAUGGACGCAUGCACAUGUAGGCACCAUCAAGUGUACUCUCAAGCCUUCUUGUUAGUAUCCAUGCAGAAGAGUCAUAAAGUAAUGCAGAUUCAAACACUUAGAUACUUUAAAAGGUGAAAUAUCUGUAUAAUGUUGACACUAAAGUGUUGUCCAAGCUUUGUUGAUACAUAGCUGUAUGUUGUCCAUGAGGUAUGUAAAAAAGUUUACUGGUUUUAUCAAUCUUAGACAAUGAAAUGAUCAUCCCCUCCAAGUUGUAACUGAAGAAUUUAAUUUUUCUAGUGUUACAUAAGGAUUAAUGCCUCCUGUGGUAUCUUUCAGAAUGUGAAAGAGGAUAGUGGCUCCUAUUGUAAACAAUAUUAAGGCUAAGUCUUCAGAUAAAUCUGCAUCUGUUAUUGUAGAAGCUAGGUAUCUAGAACUUCUUAAUUUUGUGAAGAUAAUGCCAUGUUCCAUGUUGUAAUGUAUUGAAGUGCAGGGAACUUAGUCAAGACAGAGUAUGAAUAAGGAAGAUGCUAGUGUCUCCUUGUAAAACACCAUAAAAAAAUCUCAAAAAAUUCUAUGCUGAAAUGUUUCUGUGGAGUAUCUACUAUUUCUUGAAGGAUUCCAUAGACUGGUAGAAUUUAUAGUAUCUUAUGUUUGUGAAUGGAGAAAUGUACAAAUAACAGAAAGGCUGGAAGCUUCUUUGCUCAAGCACCAUCUAUUAGACACUUAAUGAAAAAUUUUCUCGAAUUCCAGCUGUUAAUACUCCAGUAACUCUCUGCUAAGUCAAGUCACCUUUUUCAGACAAAGGGAGGAUACAGCCUUCAGUCUAUUUAUUGUGUGGAUUUUGACUGUAGACAGAGUUAAUCAGUUAAAGUAUAUCAUUAAAUGACCUGGUUUCAAAUAUCUUUUUAGUCAGAGCACUGUUAGUUCAUCUGCUGUGUAGUUACUCACUUUAAUAUUCAGUUUGUAGUUUAUACUAGUUUCUACAAGCUUGUCAGUAAUGAUUGAUGGUUUCCCAAGAUG